GCAGGUCCUGUGAAGCAGUAGAUGUAAUUUGAAGAAAAUUUGAAGGAACAAAUGGCUUUAGCUGGCUGCCCAGACUCCUUUUUACAUCUUCCUUAUCGGAUAGACAAUGUAGAUCAAGCUUCGGCUCAUGGUCGACGGGAUCUGGUGGAACCAGGUUUCCAAGAACCAUCUAAUCGCAUCUCCCUGAAUCACCAAGAUGACGAUGUGGACCUAGAAGCUUUGGUAAAUGACAUGAAUUCCUCGUUUGAAAGUUUAUACUCCACCUGCAGCAUGCAGUCGGAAACCACUCCGCUCCUUCACAACGGGCAGCUCAACCGCAGCCAGUUGCCGUCCUCGGGGUCUGGUGCCCUGCAGCCCAUGUCUCCGAGGCAGAAGGUGCAGCGCUCUCAGCCCGUGCGCAUUAUGGCAGUCAGGCGCCUUCAAGAAGAAGAACAGCAAUUCAGAACAUCGUCUUUGCCGGCCAUCCCAAAUCCCUUCCCAGAACUUUGUAGCCCCGCAAGCUCUCCAGUGCUAGCCCCUGGAUCUUUACCUCAGAGUCAACCUGCUAGUAAGCAUGUGAGUAUGGGAUGUAGCUUUGGGUCACCCAUUCGCGUUCAAACCAGCAGUGGACUAUUUCAUUUUGAAGGCAGAAAGAAAGUUUCAAGAUAAAUAGAAGUGCUUGUAGGCUUUGUCUAUGAGUAGGGCAGCACUGCCCGAGAGGCUGUCUUCAAACAGGCUUCAGACAUUUUUUUAAAAGGUUUGUAAAAAUGAAGCAAGUCUCUUUCAGAUACAUGCAUAUUGUGAAUAUAGCAGUUAUGCCUAAUAUCUUUUGGAUUUUGUUAUGCUAGGGUAAUGACUUACCAAUUCAGAAGUCAAGUUAAUUAGCUUAGAGUUGGAGGAGGAUCUGUGCAUGUUAUACUGCGUAUUCUAGGUGCCACAAAGCCAGUGAACAGCCCUUUUCUUUAAGGACAUGGUGCUGCUUAUUUGCUGUUUUUCGUGAAGCUGCUUAAAAAGCAAAAUAAUGGUCUUAGAGCAUGUAACCAGGCCCAGCUCCUCGUAAUGGGCUUAAGGGGAGCAUUGUCCCAUGGAAAGUUGGUUGAGUGAUGCUCUGGGUUCUUGGUAGUGAAGAUAGCACAGACCAAGUUCUCACAUGGGCUAGAGCGAUAACCUCUGAUACUGCAAACAGUUUUUCUUCUCAGUCCUGCUCCACUCUCUGAGAAACAACCAUGUUGUUUUGUAUCAGUCCUUGACCACAUUUAAAGACUAAAGCUGGGCUCAAAACCUUUUAUUUUGAAACUGUGCUGAUUUGCAUGGGGCUGAAGAAAUGGGUUGCUCUUACUGACUAUUGGCUUGAGUACCCCAAAAGAUGAUGAUGUUCUGUA